GGUUGUUGUUGUCGUUGUUGUGUAGUAAGUGAGUGAGUAAGCCUCUUCAUCCUCCCUCGCCGCACCGCUUGGCCGCACCGCUUUCGCCGCCUUCCAUAGUAUGCGGGGGUCGAGCCGCUCGGCAUGUUGACAUCGCCCAAUCCCCCGUCCGCCACCACGCCCACCGCCCAUCGCAAACGUUCCGCCCCCGUCGUCUCUUCGGGCGAGCAUCACGACUUGGAGGCCGGCGUGGCCAAGCGCCAGAAAGCGGCUCCUCAGCUCGUCCUCCACGCCGGUGCUAGCAUGGACUCGUCCACCGGGAAACGUGAGAACUUCAGUUCCCUCGGCUUGACAGGGGGAACUGCGGGUGACGCUGCGGGCGCCGCCAGUGGCCGCAGUACCGCCCACCCGGGCACCAAACCGGGGGGCUUGCAAACGCCGGCCGGCGGCGGGGCGCGGAAAUUGGUGAUCAAGAACCUGCGCUCCCGCCCCACGUGGCCCUCUGAGUUCAAGGCCAAGGCCAUUGAUAAGCUGCAGAAGGCCGUGGUGGCCAUUCAACAAGCCCAACCCAUCACCACCAGUCUGGAGGAGUUGUACGCGGCCGUGGAGAAUCUGUGCUCGAAUGGCAUGUCCGAGCAGGUGUACGACAACCUGAAGGCCCUGAUCGAGGCCCACGUGCAAGACUCUGUCCAACCCUUUUUGGGCGAGUCUCUCGAUAAGUUGAUCUUCAUGAAGAAGAUGAAUGAGUGUUGGAGCUCGCAUUGCCGUCAAAUGAUCAUGGUGCGGAGCAUCUUCCUGUUUCUGGACCGCACCUAUGUGCUGCAACACGCCACCGUGCUCUCCAUUUGGGAGAUGGGCCUGGAUCUGUUCCGGCGAUGCAUUCUCACGCAUCAACUGGUCCAGACGCGCACAGUGGAUGGCAUCUUGAUGCUCAUCGAGCAAGAGCGACACGGCGAUCAAGUCGAUCGGAGUUUGCUCAAGAACCUGUUGCGGAUGCUCUCGGAUCUGCAAAUCUACAAGGAGGCCUUUGAGAAGAAGUUCCUCGUGUCCACCGAGAAGCUGUACUCGGCUGAAGGGCAACGUCUCAUUGACGAGCGGGAUGUGCCCGAGUACCUUUGCCAUGUGGAAAAGCGACUCAAAGAGGAGAACGAGCGGCUGCUUCACUACCUGGACGGCUCCUCCAAGUGGCAGCUGGUCUACACGGUUGAGAAGCAGCUUAUAUCCGAGCACCUCCAGAGCAUCCUGACCAAAGGCCUGGACUUGCUUCUCGACGAGAACCGCAAGAAUGAACUCAAAUUGAUGUACGCCCUCUUGGGUCGCGUCAAAGGUGGCCCCGCCGAGCUCAAGACCAAGAUUUGUGAAUACGUCAAGAAGCGGGGUGCCGAGAUUGUGAUCAACCCGGAGAAAGACAAGAGUCUGGUGCAGGACCUCCUGGAUUUCAAGGAGAAGCUGGACAUAAUCAUGUCUGAGUGUUUCAUGGGUAACGAGCAGUUUAUCGUGUCCAUGAAAGAGUCUUUCGAGUCCUUUAUUAAUCGACGACAGAACAAGCCUGCCGAGCUGAUUGCCAAAUUCGUGGAUACCAAACUGCGAGCCGGCAACAAAGAGGCCACCGAAGAAGAAAUGGAACGGAUCUUGGACAAGAUUAUGGUAGUUUUCAGGUUUAUUCAUGGCAAGGAUGUGUUCGAGGCGUUUUACAAGAAAGAUCUGGCCAAGCGACUUCUGGUCGGCAAAUCGGCGAGCGUGGAUUGUGAAAAGUCAAUGUUGUCCAAGCUCAAGGCCGAGUGUGGUGCCGGCUUUACUUCCAAACUGGAAGGCAUGUUCAAGGACAUGGAACUCAGCAAGGACAUCAACGUAAGCUUCAAGAACUACACGGAAAACCUGGUCAAGGGCGAGUACAAGAUCGACCUCACCGUCAACGUCCUCAGCAUGGCUUAUUGGCCCACGUAUCAGCCCAUGGAAGUGAAUAUCCCGCCCGAGAUGGCCAAAUAUCAGGAGAUCUUUCAAAAAUUCUACCACGGAAAGUACUCUGGCCGCAAGCUUCAGUGGCAACCCAAUUUGGGGCACUGUGUGUUGAAGGCUCAAUUCAAAACCGGCCCCAAGGAGUUGAAAGUCUCGUUAUUCCAGUCUUUAUGCCUUAUGGCCUUCAAUAGCACGGACGAGUUGGGUUAUGCCGAGCUAAAAAUGAUCACCAACAUCGAAGAGAGUGAAUUAAAACGUACCCUCCAAUCUUUGGCGUGCGGCAAAGCCCGAGUUUUACACAAGAUGCCACGAGGAAAAGAAGUUGAAGCCACUGACAAGUUCCUAUUCAAUAAGGAGUUCACCCAUCAGUUGUACCACAUCAAAAUCAACCAAGUGCAGAUGAAAGAAACCGAAGGCGAGCAAAAGGCCACCGAAGAACGCGUUUUCCAAGACCGACAACAUCAGAUCGAUGCGGCCAUUGUGCGGAUCAUGAAGAUGAGGAAGUCCCUGAGCCAUACCAUGCUCAUCAACGAAUUGUUCCAACAGUUGAAGUUUCCCGUGAAACCGGCCGAUUUGAAGAAACGGAUCGAAUCGCUCAUCGACCGGGAUUACAUGGAACGGGACAAAGACAACGCCAACCAAUACAAUUAUGUUGCCUAGAUUUACCAUCAGGCCCACCACGAAUUACCGAGAGCCUGAAGAGCUCUCCGUAUCGAAAAGAAUGGAAUCUGAUGGAUCUGAAGGCCGCACUCUCCAUCAUUGAGAUACACUCCAGUCAUGUUGGUAAAAAAUGAUGACUAAUUUCUUUUACAAAGUUCCAACAUCUGGGCAAGAGAAUAAAUCAUGAAACCAAG